CUCUCUUUCUCUCCCUCCUCUUUUAUCCCCUCUCUCUCUCUCUCUCUCUCUCUCUACAUCGGAGGACUUCUUCAGGGAGAGAGGGUUCUCUUCCGGUCUCCGCGAUGUGUCUCACUGCUCUUCGCUCCGUCGUAACUUUUGCGCAAAGCCGGGACCCUCUCUCACUCUCUACCUCUCUCACUCUCUCUCACUCUCCCGCUCUCACUCUCCCUCUCUCGCGCGCGCUCUCUCUUUCUCUGUCCUAGGUAAGCGCGAAGAGAGGCAGAGUUGGUUGGCAGGAGGUGGCGACGGUAGUGGUGGUUAACUCAUUCGUUGUAGUGGUGGUACAUCAGCGAUACUCUAACGUGUAUCGAAUGAGUACAACCACGACGGCGAGCAGCGGCGGUAGUGGUGGUCAUGGUGACGACGAUGGUGAUAGCGCGGUAGUAGCUGUAAUAGUGGCGGGUGGUAGUGGCAAAGAAGAGGCCAGGUGUGGGCCCCGUAGAUUUACGAGACCCCCAGAAAGGGUUGAGGGUCCGAAAAGCGCGUUUCUCUUUGCUCCCGACGUUAUAUUCUGCAUCGAGGAAGAGGUUUUGCGAGUCCCUCCAAGGCGGAUUGUCAUCCCGAUCAGAUCUGGUACGCAUGACGAUGCGUACGCGGGAUUGCAGCAACGACGGCUAUACUUAGCGCAUUAGACGAAUCUCAUCCGAGGGCCGUCGCGGACGAAAGGAGGUCGUGGAACAGCUGAUGCGGCUGCCAAUGCGGCGGAUUUGGUGUGACGGCAUCUUUACCAUUUUUCAGCUUCCUUCUUCUAGUUGCUGCGGCCUUCCGCGCUCACCGAUGCAAAAACAGCUGACGAAACGAAGAAUCACAACUUAUCAUGAUUCUCUUAACGCUCAGAAGUUCGCAUAUAUCGUGCACUUGAUGCCUUACUUAACGACGUUACAUUGCGUAACAAUUGCUUUU